CCACGUAGCUGAUAAACACUCAAUCACACUUCAUUCUGAUAUUUUCAAUUUCUCUCUCAUGUUCUACUUUCUCUCUAGUUUCUCACACGAGUUCUUGAUAAUUUUGCCCAGAUUUUGGAUGAAGAUUUCACAUAGGAAGUAUGCAAACAAAGAAAGGAGUAGAGAAGACGAGGAGCUACACACUGAUUACAGCCAUUGAGGCUUACGUCCACUUUCAAGCUGAUCAUGGUUCGUUGAGUUUUGUGAAUCAGGUGUUGAGUCAGUUUGCGGAGUUAUCUGGGUUGGUGGCUAAUAUGGGUAAGAGCUCUAUGUUUGUUGCUGGUGUUUCUUGUGAUGUGGCUAGGGAGUUGGCUAGAAGUAUGGGGUUUGUUCUUGGGUCUUUGCCUAUUCAUUAUCUUGGGCUUCCUUUACUGUCAGGUAAGUUGAAGGUUAUGGAUUAUGUCCCUUUGAUUUAGAAAAUUACUGCUCGAGUUAGGAGUUGGGCUCCGAGAUCCCUUUCCUUUGCGGGUCGUUUGCAGUUGGUCUGGUCAGUGUUGUAGAGCUUCCAGGUAUAUUGGUUUAGUGUGUUUAUGUUGCCUAGUUUUGUUGCCCAUAAGGUUGAUCAUAUUUUACGAGCCUACUUGUGGAGAGGGUGGAUUGAUGGUAAAGGGGGUGUACGUGUUGCUUGAGAUGAGGUUUGUUUGUCGAAAGCUGAAAGGGGUUUGAGUAUCCAUCAUACUUCUUCCUGGAAUUUGGCUGCUAUUUUGAAAUUGUUAUGGUUAUUGCUAGUGCAAUCUGGUUCCCUAUGGGUUGCAUGGAUGGAGGAGUAUGUGCUUCGGGAUCGUUCAUUAUGGGUGAUUCGUACGAGGAUGGGGCAAUCCUGGUGUUUGAGGGAGAUUUUACGCUGUCGUAAUAGGUUUAAGCCGUUUGUCAGGAUGCAUAUUGAUAGUGGGAGAAAAUGUUUUGUUUGGUGGGACCCGUGGCUGCCUUUGGGGUCCAUUUUCGAGAUUUAUGGGGAUCGCGUGAUUAAUGAUGCUGUCAGCCGUCGUAAGGCUAGACUGUCAAAUUUUUUUAUCUAUUGAUGGUUGUUGGCUUUGGCCUUCGAUUUCUUGGGAACUUCUUGAAUUGUGGGGUCUGGUUCAGGAUGUGGAGACGAGGGUGAGUGGGGAGGAUUGUUGGGUUUUGGUACCGAGUUGUAAUGGUUAGUUCACUGUUGCUAGUUAUUGGGAGAGUUUGCGUCCGAGGCGACCUAGAGUGUGUGGGGCUCAUCUAGUUUGGUCUGGGGUAAUAUUCUGAGACAUUCCUUUUGUGUCUGGCUGCCGUGAAGAAUAAAUUAGGUACUCGGGAUUGAUUGAGGAGGUGGAAUCGAUCGGUGGAUGUUGCCUAUCUGCUUUGUGUCGAUGAGGUGAGUCUCGAAAGCAUAUUUUUUUUUUUUUUUUUUUUACUGUGUUUGGGAGUGAGGUUUGUGUCUGUUGGGUUCGUCUCAUUGAAUUGUUAGAUGAGAUGUGGAGUUUAAUUAGAUUUAUCGGGUGGAGUCUGAUAAGCGCGUUUAAAGUAAGCUAUUUCGAAUCUUCUGGUGUGUAUCAAUUUAUUAUAUUUGGUAAGAGAGGAAUCGUCGGUUGUAUAACGGACGUUCGAAAUUAACGUCCACUUUGUUACAACUUAUUGUCUCUAUGGUUCGUGAGAGUGUUGUCUCUUGACAGAUUGAUCUUCAUGACCUUCUCUAAGUUGUUUAUUUUUCAUUGUCUUUUAUUAUGAUUACUUUUUGUCUCUAAUUGAUUUAUUCGUAUAUCUUUUCUUGAGUUGUGUUGGUAUUAAAUUAUUAUACUUGUUCCGUCCAUCCAACUGUAGAAUCUCUCUUUUUGUUGCUAUUCAAAAAAAUUAAUUCAAACUCAACUCUCUACUUCAUGAGACCAACCACACUUAAAAUACACCAUCAAAAUUUAUAUAAAAAUCUACCUUUUUAUUAUUUUUUUAGAUCAAAAUUUUACAUAAUUUAAAAUUUUUACCAUGAUUUUUCUUUAAAUAUUCCACCAUUAAUAUUAGAUAUUUGCUUGGUAAAAUAAGAAAAUCUAAAAACAUAUCAUCAUAAAAAUGUUACCUUUCCUUGUCUGAUUACACAUUCUUUUCUCUUUCUUCUCCCCUAUCUCUAUUUUUUUUUCCCUUUCGAUUUUUACUUCCCUUUUCUUUUUUUUUAAAAAAAAAUUCUCUUUUAUUUCCCG